AUGCCGCGCGCCUACAUCAUCACGCUGGAAGAGUUUAUGCGCGCCCAUGACGAGGAUCAAGAAAGCUGCAAAGGCGAUGGACAAGCCAGCGACAAAGCGGACGAGCGCGCCCACUGGCAAAGGAAGACUGCCAAGAAGACUGGCGAAGGAUCCAACGUGACGACGCGCGAGUUGGGCGCCGCGAGUGCAUCGGAGGACGAGGCGACGACUCGCGAUGAAGAGACGACUCCCCUGGUACCCAAGCACGCGCUCCGGUCCACGUGCUUGGCUCUACAAAAGAAGAUCGCAGACGAAAAGGGCGAGCACCGGCAAGGCCCACGGCGCAAGGCAGGUGAUUACUACAAGAUGGCAGACUACCAGAAGCGUGUGUGGGCGGAGAAAUACACAGCUGCUAGGAACAGCAGCAACGACUUGGACUACGAGGCUUUGAGCAAGUUGACUCAAUUCAAGGCGUUCAAAAACAACCCAGAAGAGCUCCAGCGUCACGAGCCUGCGCUGCUGAAAGAGUUCUACGAGUUUUACUUAGCGGACCAAGCCCUGAAAGCAGACGCACACGCGCAGACCGCUGGAUCGGGUUCGUCGAAGCUAUCGCAACGUGGCGGAGCCGAGCACCUGGCGAUCGAGCAAUGCGACAUCCAGGCGGCUCAGCAGCUUACCGCAGCCAGAAACCAAGCAUCGCUAGCGUCAGACCAAGCUCCAGGGCCUCCAAUCUCGCAGACACCCGUGGCCGUGCAGGAGGAAGGUGCCCCAGCUCGGAGCCUGCAAACCCACCCUUUGCGAAGGGGGUAUGCGCAUCUUGAAAAUACCAUUUCGCAAGCACUGCAGCAGUUCCGAGAGAAGCUGGAUGAAGAGAAGCAGCAAGGGGCUCGACAGCUGGAGGAGGCUAGUCAUGCUAAGAAACUCCAGGAUGUGCACGAAGACAUGAACAACCUCACGAGAGAGGUGGACGAGCGCAAGAAAAAACUGGAGGGCCGGGAGAACGAGGAGGCUACGAGAGAUAAGAAUAUGGAGAACAAGGAGGAAGAACUACAAGUCAAAGCCGAGGAGCUGCAAUCUCAUGACGCCAAGCUCAAAGAGGAGGACUGGCGUCUCUGGAACGUAACGCAUCGCCUGCAACGGGAGCGGGAGCAGUUGGACGCGGAUAAAAAGAAACGAGAGAAGCCGAGUCGAGCGAAGCAACAAGGAGGCCGAAUAUCGCUGAAGCAGGCGAAGAUUUUGAAUGAAAUGAAGCGCCAGACCCGGCUCCUGGAAGAGCAGUUCAAGAACAACGGGUGCCCAGCUGCGUUUAAAGAGCUCGAAGCCAACCGCAACCGGAUCGAGGAAGAGAGGGCGGCGAUGCAAGCAGAACGGGAUGGAGUGAGAACGCAGUUGGAAUCGAUGAAGGCUGCGCUAGAGGCGGUGAAAACGGAGAACAGCGGAUUGCAAGACACCAUCGCGAGACGAGAGCUGCAGCUGCAUACGUACAAGUAUAGCGCGGUGACCAAGGGAGCUAUCGAAGAGUUCACAGAAUGGAACGCCGAGAUCCGAAAUGAAGAAGCGCGACUCAUUCUGGGCAAAAUGAAGGAGGCGUUUGGAUCGAAGACGGCGGACGCUGAAGAGUUCAAGGCGCUUGCGGUCGAGUUCUGGGUGAAAAGAAAUGAGUUGGUCCACGACAAGACAGGUACCGUCAUUCACUCGAUGGACCACGGCAGAUACGCGUGUGUAUGCGCGAAGAUAAUGGAAGCAUUGGCUGCGUUUGAGAGUGCCAUCCUGCUGUAG